ACGAGGUGGAGUCGUGCAGCAUCGGUGGAUUCAGGAGAAACAAACAGUGGGCAACCAAGGUCAUCCGGAGAUUAUACAGAUUAACACGCAGUCUACUCCGUAGUUGGUGUCAAGAUGGAUAUAAAGGCCAAGCUUUGCCCAUGAUGGAAGUGGCGUUCUCUAGUUCCCCAGUAGCACCAGCCGAAGCACACUCGCAACAACCUUAUCCAGAUAGCGUACAAGCCAGUAAACAAACACACGGCAGACUUCCUACCCUCCACCUCAAACCCAAGCCAGAAUCGCCAAGCCAGAAUCGCGAAGCCAGAAUCGCCAAACAGCUCCAGCCUCUCUCCAAGAUGCAUUUCGUCACCUCCAUGUCUUCCGUCAUCGUCAUGGCCAUGGCGCUCGGCGCCAGCGCGCUGACGUUCCGGGCGGACGGCUUCGCCAAGGUGACGCGCCAGGACCCGCACAUUGGCGAUAUCCGCAUCUUCGGCGAGACCGGCUGCUCGAACCAGAACCUGGGCGUGUGGACCGUCACGCAGUCGGACCUCGACACGUGCAACGACUUCAGCGACGUCGUCAAGUCGGUGACCUUGACCGAUAUCAACGCCGGCUGCAGCUUUUUUGUCUGGGCCGAAGCAGGCUGCCAUGGCGUUGGCCGCUCGUUCAGCACCGACAGCGGCUGCGGCAACGUGGUUGAAGGCAUCGACUCGUGGGGCUCUUUCGCGUUCACCUGUCCCACGAGCGCGUCCAAGGCAUGAUUGAUGCAGGGGAGGGAUGGUUGACUGUUACUUGGGGUGUAUAUCGAGUAGCCUGUGUGUGAUUAUAUUAUCAUUCUCCUCUUCAGGGUUAGUUCAGUCGCGGAAAAUUACCUCAAAUAAUGGAACAGAGAUUGAAACCUGUGAGCGAUGCCAGUUCAUCAUUAUAUAAUUUACCGAGACACGAGACGAUAUAACAACAGAAUGCUGGUGAUUCGGUCCCUGAUGAUGCUACUCAGGGGCAAAGGAAGAGGAAAGAAGAAAGAAGAAAGAAGAAAGAAGAAAGAAGAAAGAAGAAAGAAGAAAGAAGAAAGAAGAAAGAAGAAAGAAGA